AUGUCCAACCGCGAGAACCCGCAGAAGUACUCUGUCCUGCCGCCGGAUCGCGACCACAGGGAUUCUGAAUCUGGAGAUGGGAGAGUCAUCAGGGAAACGCAAGAAGAGCGGGCCUUGAGCCGCGUGCCGGCCGCGGUGUUUGUGUGCUUUUGGGUGGCAUGCUCAAGCGGCCUGAUUUUGUAUAAUAAAUCCGUCUUGCAAGUUUUCCCUAAGCAUAUUCUCGCAAUCCACUCUGCAGCGUUUCCGAUGUUUUUGACGACAUUCCACUUGGCCUUCGCAACAUGUGCCACCCAGAUCCUAUACCGAACGACAAACAUGCUGCAAGGAGUUGAUCAUACCCCUAUGUCGCCGGCGAUCUAUGUCAAAGCGGUCUUGCCAAUAGGCUUGUCCUUCUCGAUCAGCUUGAUCCUGUGCAACUCCGCGUACAUGUACCUAUCUGUAGCUUUCAUUCAAAUGAUCAAGUCAAGCACGUCCGUAAUGGUCUUGGUCAUUUCGUGGAUUCUGGGCGUCUCCAAGCCAAACAGAGCGGUGCUCUUGCCGGUGCUUGUUAUCGUUUCCGGCGUUUUCAUUGCGUCCCUCGGGGAGUUGGCCUUUUCUUGGAUAGGCAUCUUUAUUCAAUUUGGGGGCACGUUCACUGAAGCGGUACGCUUGGUGCUGAUGCAACAACUGCUCAGCAGUUACGACAUGAACCCUUUGACAUCCCUUUACUACUUUGCGCCGAUUUGCGCAGUCAUGAAUGGGGUGGCCUUUUAUAUUUUUGAGUAUCCAACCUUGACAUCCAAGUAUUUUGCCGCCGUCGGAGCAGUUAACUUGGUAGCCAACGGUUACGUGGCGUUUGCACUGAACAUAUCGCUCGUAUUGCUGAUUGGAAAAACAUCCUCAUUGGUGGUCUGCUUGUCUGGGGUCGGCAAGGACAUGAUACUCGUUGUCGUGUCCUCCAUCAUUUGGAGCACUCCUUUUACAAUGCUCCAACUCUAUGGUUACUCGUUAGCCCUUGGCGGUCUGGUGUGGUACAAGGAGCCUCAAGUCUUCGUGCACUGCCUAAGUGUAUUACCGCGCUUUUCCGCCUCGCAUAGUGCGCCGAGAAGGUUGGGACGACAGUCGAAGUCGGAUGCAGAACUUGACGAAGUGCCGUUGGCGAGGAGAAGCACGCAAUUGAAUGACGACGAAGUGUGA